UCCGGGCAGGCAGCAUGGGCGGCGCGGGGCUGCGGAUGCUGCUGUUGCUGCUGCGCUACCUGGCUCUGGGCGCCGGGCUGGAGCGGGAGCCCCCCGAGCCGGGCUCCGGACUGCACCCAGAUGAAGUGAACUUGCUGGACAAACUGACUUCUUCCGCCCGGGACUUCAGCAAUAUUUCCCUCAGUUAUGACGAAGCCAACUGCAGCGUCUUGGAGGUUGGACAGUAUUCCACCCUCAGCAUCCCCACCCGGGAGGCCUUUGGGGACAGGUUUGUGGAUGAGCUGAGCGUGUUGCUGAAACUUAGAUAUUCUCUGAAGGAGGAGACCAGCCUCUUGACGAUCCUCAGUCAUCGUAGCCACGUGCUGUUCCAGAUCAGGAUUAACCCCCUUGCCUUGGUCUUUGUCACCACUAGGAGGCGACAUUACGAGUUCCCAGUUUCCAUCCUGGGAGAUGGGGACUGGCACCAGGUUGCCCUCAGCAUCUCCUCCGAGAGACUGGAGCUGCACGUGGACUGUCAGCUGGUGGAGAGCGUGGGCUGGUCCAAUUACUUUGGGAUGGGCGUCACCACGCAGGGGCUGGUCAUUCUUGGAGGCCUGAUUGAAUCCUUUGAGAUUCCCUUUGAGGGCGCUCUGCAGCAGCUGACCUUCCAGAUGGGAGACCCGGGGGCUGCCGGUGAAUACUGUGGAGGCUACAAUACCAGAUGCGCCAGCGCUUUCAGCACCGAAGCUUUCCGCAACCAGUCCCGCUCCCCAGGGGAGCUGUCUCCCGCUUGGCCGGAGAGCCACGCCCGUUCCCCUGAGAAUCCCCAUGGCAACAUGGGAAAUGGCUUUACUGCCGGUGUCCUGGCGACCCAGGAGCCUCUGUUAAACGUGCCAAAAGAAACCAAUGAAAUUCAGGAAUCCUACACUCAGGGCUCAAAAUUUACCACUUCAGAUUUGGCUGUGAGGCCACCCCUGGUGUGGGAGAAUCCCCAAGAGAACCUUAGGCCCAGCCCCAAUGGAAGUGCCCUCACUUCAGCCCCUUCUACUAAAAGGCUCUCUGCUGAGGAGGAGGAACGCCUUUCUAUUGAAGAGGAAGGCUUCGAGCUUUUAAACUCCACCUACAAUAAAAUCACAGGACCUGGCAGGCCCGGGGUUGGCAGAAGCGAGUUGGAGGUUGCAGGAAAUGCCAGUGAUUCCAUUACCACGGUUACCUCAGUUCCUCCUGCUGGGCGUCGAGAUGUUCAGGUGGCUGAUGACAAUGUUAUCCUUUCGAGAACCUCUGCCAAAGUAAACAGACCAGCUUCCAAGAAAGACCACGUUUCGAAACCCCAGGAUGAGAACAUCACUACGGAAAAGCUGAAGGGAGACACGGGCUCUCGGACCUGGUUCUCACCCAGCAAACCGAUUGAUGCCAUCAUAGACCUAGACAACCCUUCCAUCUUCUCCAAAAUCUCCGCAGAGGUCAGCCAGACAGUGGGCUCUGCAGGAAACAUAGCCAGGGCCCCUUCUUCUGACUCCCGUAGGAAGGCGGAGGCACCUGUGGGUGAAGGAACCCUAGAGAGCCCUUCUAAAGCUUCCCUGAGCCCCGAGGAAGCUGUGAAACCAAUCCAGACAUCACUGGAUACUGAGGUGGUCCCCUCAGAUCACAACAGAGGGGUCGUGUAUCGCGGGAAGACAGGCAGUGAAGCAAAGAGGAGUGAGGACCAUGAUCAGGGCGGUGUCUUGUGGACAGCAGCAGACGGGCAACAGGUUCGAGUGAAGCCAGGACCCCGGGGGCCGCAAGGACCACCAGGUUUGCCUGGUUGCCGAGGGAGACGCGGACCUCUGGGACCCAAAGGAGACAAAGGGCACCCUGGUGCAAUGGGGAGAACAGGCCCCCCAGGAGAUCCAGGCCCCCCAGGCGUCCCUGGUGUACCUACCGUUGUUCUCUGGAGAAAUUCAAAGGAGGACUGGCUGGCGUUCAUGCAAUCCUCAUUUUACCAGCUUCUCCACGCAGGCUGGCCGAGACAUCCAGGACCACGUGGGCUGCCGGGGCAUCCAGGGAAACCAGGAUUACCUGGUCCGCCCGGAUAUCCAGGAGAGCCAGGAGAUAAAGGCCAGUUGGGGUAUAUGGGGGAGUCUGGACUUCAGGGCUUCCUGGGACACGCUGGUUUCCCUGGCUCAGAUGGGCUUCCUGGAAUGGAUGGAAAGCCUGGACCACCUGGGUUACCAGGAGAGCAGGGCCCUCAGGGAUUUAAGGGUGACCAAGGUCCAGCUGGAGAGAAAGGAGAUCAGGGGUUCUUGGGCGACCCCGGACCACCUGGGGAAAAAGGAGAAAAGGGGACAAAGGGGGUGAAAGGACGAAAUGGCCCUUCAGGAUCUGCUGGAGCUCAGGGGAUGAUGGGUGUCAAGGGUGCUUCAGGGUUCCAGGGCCUGCCAGGACCAGAGGGGGAAAGUGGUGCAGUGGGUUCUCCAGGGCUGGCUGGACCUAUGGGGGAGCCGGGGCAGCCGGGGCCAGUCGGAUUACAAGGAGUCAAUGGCUCUCAGGGAGAAAUGGGCCCUUCUGGCUUGCCAGGCCCACGGGGCCCCAAGGGACCACAAGGCUUGCAAGGGAGACGUGGACCUCCAGGGCCUAGAGGAUCACAGGGUCCACUUGGGAUAGAAGGAUCCUCUGGGCCUAAAGGAGACCCUGGAGCAGUCGGUCCUGCUGGACUAAGGGGAGAGCGUGGUCAAGAAGGCCCCAUGGGGUUGAUUGGAAUGCCAGGUUCAAAGGGACUCCCAGGAGACCAGGGUGGUGAAGGCACAGAUGGAGUGAAAGGGGACAUGGGACCCAAAGGAGACAAGGGAGAACGUGGGCCACAGGGGAUGAAAGGGCCCCCAGGAGUUCGAGGUCAAAUGGGUCUGCAGGGAUUUCCUGGACCCAGAGGGCCAGCUGGACGCCAAGGACAUGACGGGGAGGAAGGACAAAUAGGCCCACCGGGCCAGAACAACAGUGAAGGGCCGAAGGGCAAUCGAGGACCAGAUGGCUCGAAGGGAACGCCUGGGCCAAGAGGACACAGGGGCCGUACGGGCCAGCAUGGGUUGGUUGGAAUCCCAGGACCACCAGGCUUACGAGGCGUUCCUGGAAUAGCAGGCCCAGAAGGAAAGCCUGGUACACAGGGUAUAUCAGGUGCCAUGGGGAGCCCUGGCAGAAAGGGACCAGCUGGUGCUGGUGGCUUACCAGGUGACAGAGGGCACGAUGGACCUCCUGGACCAAUAGGCCCUCCAGGAAAACCAGGACCAGGCAGAGACCCAGGUUCACCGGGGCCAAGGGGGCUGCCUGGUAAACUUGGCUUGGAAGGACUGCAAGGACCUGUUGGCAUGUAUGGCUACCCAGGACCUGUUGGUGACAGAGGAAAGGCAGGACCCAGGGGUGAAAAGGGAGAGCCCGGAGUCCGGGGCCCACCAGGAUUUCCAGGAAAAGCCGGUCCCAAAGGUCCCCCUGGCCCACCGGGUGGGAAAGGUCCCCCUGGUCCACAGGGGAGACUGGGAGACCCAGGUCCUAGAGGGCUUCCAGGACUGCUGGGUCUUCCAGGCAUUCAGGGGCCAGAUGGUGUCCACGGUAAGCCUGGUGUGCCAGGAGAGAAGGGGCCUGCUGGACUGAGUGGGGCUGCAGGACCGGCUGGAUACCCGGGCCAGGAAGGGCCAGCUGGGCUGGAAGGGCCUUUGGGGGAGAAAGGAGAGAAGGGUGAAGUGGGAGAGCCGGGAGAAGCUGGCAUCAGAGGCCUGGAUGGAGAGCAGGGUUCCCCGGGACUCCCUGGAGUGGAAGGUCAGCCUGGGUCCAAAGGGGAGCAGGGAGAGGCAGGAAUCCCAGGGGCUCCAGGUGUCAAUGGAGGCUCUGGGGAGCCAGGAGAGGAAGGGCCGAAGGGACACCCUGGGAGACCUGGGGAACUAGGAAAAGAGGGUGACAUCGGGGAGCCCGGAGAUAUGGGGGAGCCUGGGCCCAAGGGCCAAAAGGGUGACGCCGGCCCCAGGGGCCCUCUUGGAAUGCCUGGACCAGGUGCCAUUGUGGGAGAAACUGGUGAAAAGGGACUUAAAGGAGAGAAGGGGCAAGAAGGUUUACUGGGCCAGGUCGGUGUGAUCGGGGUUGCAGGACCUGCUGGAGCCAGAGGACGAAUUGGUGAAGCAGGCAUCCUAGGUCCACCUGGGUUAGCUGGCCCUGAGGGAGAGAAGGGGGAUCCAGGACCAAGUGGACUGAUUGGCCCAGCUGGUGUGGCUGGAUUGGAGGGAGUCCCUGGGGAAGGUGGAAGAAAAGGAGAGCGAGGCAAGCCAGGGCCUGCUGGUGCAGCAGGCUCCAGGGGUGAAAGUGGGAGCCAAGGACUCAAGGGAUUUGGCGGGCCUGAAGGACCCAAAGGAGAUGCAGGGGGGAAAGGAGAGACUGGCCAUCAGGGUUCUCGUGGGUCACCUGGAGAAGUGGGAUCAGCAGGGCUAAGUGGUGUUGAAGGCCCUCCGGGUGAGAGGGGGAAGCUGGGGGAGCCAGGAGAACCAGGACGAACGGGGCCUCAAGGACAGCUGGGUCCGGAGGGACAGAGGGGUCGUAAAGGAGAAAAGGGGAACAGCGGGCACGAAGGAGAUCAGGGCUUCCCUGGCAAUCCUGGCAGACGGGGCAAGCGAGGCAAAGCCGGGCGCAAGCUCCCAAGAGGCCCCAAGGGACCCAAGGGCCAUCCAGGUGAACCAGGGUCAGAGGGACCACGUGGCCCACAAGGACCUUACGGGAUUCCUGGACUGAAAGGGGUGAAGGGAGACCAGGGGUCAAAAGGACAGAAGGGUGAGAAAGGCAGCAAGGGAUAUCGUGGCCCGCAAGGAGACGAUGGCUUCAAGGGCAAGCAAGGACCCGGAGGUGCACCUGGAAGGCCAGGAUCAAAGGGAGAGCAGGGUAAUCUCGGCCCACCUGGUCCACGGGGAUCCUCCGGCUUCCCUGGAAUGCCAGGCUUAUUUGGACAAAAAGGACUUAAAGGUUUCCAAGGCCUGCCAGGACCCAAAGGCGAGCCAGGCCUGCCUGGUGCGCCCGGCCUUGCCGGUCCCAGGGGACCCUCGCUAAACGUCUCCGUGGAGGAACUGAAGCAUCUGAUUUAUUCAACCAACAAACUGAGCUACGCCAGGGUGUGGGCUCUUCUGGACAACUUGGGCCAUGAGCUGAAGCUCCUGGUAGACCCCCCAAAUGGCACUAAAGACAACCCAGCUGCCAACUGCAAGGAGCUCCUCCUGGCUCAGCCUGGCCUGCCUGACGGUUAUUAUUACAUAGACCCCAAUCAAGGCAGCCCGCAGGACUCGCUGCUGGCCUUCUGCAACUUCACGGCAGGGGGAGAGACCUGUCUCGCUCCAGUACGCAAUCAGGUGCCUAUCAAAGCCUGGCUGAGAGCAUACACCUCCAAGGACACCUUUGAGUGGUUCAGCGCCCUGCCUGGGGGCUUCCUGCUAGACUACCAGGGCGCCAGCACCGUCCAGCUCCGCUUCCUGAAGCUGCACAGCAGCCUCGCCACCCAGAAGGUGUCGUACGCCUGCAGGCCUGACUCCAAGGGCGGAGAGCCGCAGCUGGAGAAAGCCAUCAAAUUCCUAGCGGACUCCAGGGAGCAGAGCUACCUGUCCAUGCUGCCAGGCUGCAUGCUGGACAACGAGUCGUCGAUCACAGACAGCAUAUUCCAGUUUUCCACAGAGGAGCUGGCGCUCUUGCCCCUGCGAGACCUGGCUGUGUUUCACAAUGGAGACGUCUCACACCAGUUUGGAUUCACGGUUGGACCAGUUUGCUUCAGCUGAACCCAGAAACAAAAACCCACUUUCCUUUUGGGGAAUAUAUGACUGCAAAGGAGAAAGGAACUAAAAAAACCCCUUCUCAUUGCUGCACCUCGGGGUAGCUUUUGAAAGCUCCCGUUCCUAUUUAUAAGGUAAUGUUUAUAGCUGCAUUAUGCCAUGGACUACACGGCCUUCUGAAGGAGGAGACUAUUGUUUACAAAAGUAAUUUCUCUAUAAAUAUAUAUAUAUAAAAGGUGCUAAUUUAAUAAUUGAUGGAAAAAUUGUCCUUUAACUCCAUUCAUUAGGGUCUGCUUAAAAGGAGAGCCAAGCUGUCAGCUGGGCCCAAGUUUUCUUCCCCUUGUUCAAGUGCACAAGUCCCUGGGUCCCUUUCUCUUCUGCAGCAGCAGUGUGUAGAACUGCUGGAUUAGCACAGGCAAGUAGCCAGACCAUUGUUGCCCGUGGAGAUCGUGCCAAUCAAACAAGCAGCUGGAGCUGGUUGGGAAUUUUUCCACAAGUGUUUUUUUCAUUGAAAAAUGGUGAUUUCUCAAAACCGGAACUUUUUGUAGGAAAGGGUCAGUUGAGAUGAGAUUUGACUCAAAAAUGUCACCGGAAAAAUUCUGGGUUUUUUUCCUUUCAAAACUAUGUUGCAUUUCUAAAUUUAAGCUGUGUAACAAUGGUUGAAAUCAAAACAUUUCAAAGGUAGCACAAUGAAACAUUGCUGGGUGACCUAAGAUGGGUUUUUUUGGUUUCUUUUUGGAUUAUCAAGGUGUGAAAAUUGUCAUGGUUUUAACUUUUUCCCAAUUCAGGGUAGGGAGGAAUAUAGUGACAGCUCAAAAAUGUCUGCAGAAGGGGAGAUGGGAUUCCUGCCCAGCUCUAACUGCAAACUGUCUCCAGGAGGUUCACAUCCUACCAACCUGCUGGCCUUACGGGAUGAGUAACACCUUGCCUUUGAAUUCUUAAAGAAAAUACACCUAUUCAUGCAACCUCGUCACUUGGUCAGCCAGCAACAUGGUUCUUAGCACUGCCGCCCUAGGUGUGAUUGAUUGUGAAAGAUGGUGUGAGACAUACUGCCAGCAACUCCUGAACUUUGUCAAGCUCGGUAGAAGGGAGGAUCAUAUUUAAUGGUAGUUAAAUUAAGAUGCCCUCCUUAAAUCAUUACAAUAAGCAACCACUGCUGCCAGUUUUUCAGGGAUAGUUGGUGGAGAAAAUUCACUGUGUAGAGAAAAGGGAUAAAAUUUGUAGCAGGCGGCGCCUAUCCCCUAGUAACAAGGAGCUGCUCCUGUCUCUGUGAUUAAGGUUUAUGUAAGGCCUUGUUUCAAGUAAGGGAGACAGACUGAAGGGCAAGAAGUGUCUAAUUAGAACUGGUCCAGCAGGAGGUGCUGCUGCGAAUAAAGCAGUUCAGUUGUACAGGGGCAUGUUUUCUAGCAGGUGGUGCCAACCUUGAGGCAGGGCCCUAUUUCUAUUCGCUGGCUAGGGACAGGGUUAGAGUCCUAGAGAGGUGCUGAUCUGGAUCGGCAGCACUUUUACAAUUCAGCCACAUUCCUGGAGUCCAAUUCCACCCUCCACCUAUUGUGUGGAAGAGAUUUGACUCCCUUUGUAGCUCUGCAUAUAAACCCAAACACGUGGCUUGCUUACAAACGGGCUUGUUUUGCUCUUAAGAAGGCAAGUGAGUGAAAGCUCACAUUUAAAAACGAGGCUGUGGGUAUGGGCAAGCUUGCAGGAAUCAACUAAAGCCAGGCAUGCCUCAUCCCAGUGCGGCUUUGUGGGCUGAUGAUUGGGGGAGGGAGGGCAGCUGCAUGCACUGCUUAGCUACAGGCCACUAGUGUUUUGCAACCUAUUUAUAAGUGCAGCUUCCCCGCAGUCAGGAUUGCUGGUGAGGCUCAGGACACUGUUCAGAGCCUUCACACUCAUUGUCCAGGGGGAAGCUAGAGCUGUUCCCUGCCCUGUACUCAGUUAAAGUCUGCUUCAGCUCUCUUGGGCGGAGGUCCUUUACUGUUUGUUUAAAUGUGAUUAGAUCCAUUGCUGGCAAUGGAUGUACCAAACUCACCACUGCCCCAGUGCUCACUGCUCACUAUUAUUUGUAUAAUUUGCAUUCUUAGCCUGACCUCUACAAUGAUAUGCUGGUCAUUUUGUAUAAAGAUGGGAUGCGUUUUAUGAAACUAGCACCAGGUCUGUGUCUGCAAUAC